UUGGUUAUGUGCACAUGGCACAUGUAUUGUGGUUAUGUGUUAUGGUUGUGGUUGCCCCAUAGAUUUAUAAUACUCUAGAUUGCGCCUUACGAUCUUAAAAUGGGUGACGGUUGCGACAGAGAUAAAUGAGCCUAUUUGGUCGGUAGUCUCUUUCUAAUUCAAGGGGAGUAUCGACGACGUCACUAUCCUACUCUGUCGUCGAGUAUUUUAGAUGAUUUGACAGUUCGAGCGCAUGGCGACGAGAACUGGUCGUUUGUCUUCGGACGUGGAUAAUCCUGGUUCGAAUCCCAUACCAAUCUUUACUUUUUUUUAUUUUUUAUUUAAUCAAUAUUGCGUUUAUUAGAUAUUAUUACAUCUCUAAAAUAAAUCUAUGCAAAGAAAUACAUAACAAAUAAGAAAAACUGUGUAGGUACCUAUAGAUUUUUCAAAAUAUAAAAGCCAUGUUAUUUUUUUUAAUAAGUUAAUGGUAGAAUAGUAUAAAGUAAUUAAAAAUAUUCGUAAAAAAUUACAAAUAAUUAAUAUCAACAUAAUGUACCAUCGAUUUAUUAAUUGAAUCGGUCAUUUCAAAAACAACACGAGUCACAUAUUCCUAAUUUUACAGAAGAGCAAAGAAAACUUAACUAUAUAGUCGAAAGAUGGAUGAAAUGGAUGACAUCAAAAUUUAAAGUUACAUUGUAGUUUUGUUCCUAAUGUUUUUACUGGACUGGUGUCGUUUUUGCACACACAACGUUUAUCUUAAAGGAGUCUAUUCCUCUCAAAAAGUUAGUUUCUCAAAAUUGUGGACUUUGCUGUUUUUGAAAUGACCGAUUCAAUUAUAAGUAUUUAGACAUUAUUUUUAUUUAUGAAACUAUUGUUACAAUUUUUUAAAAAAGUAGAAGCAAAACAAAUUCACAUCAUUGGAAUAAGGACGAAUUUAUAUUAAUAACGAAUGACUUUUAUUUUACUAUGCAGUUCACAAAUUAUGUAUUCCAAUAUUAACUUACUAUACAUAGGUACAUUUAUUAUCUGCUAGAUUUACUUAGGUCAAUUUUUCAGAUGUAAAAAUAUCUAAUAAACGCAAUAUUGAUUAAAUAAAAAUAAAAAAGGUAAAGUUUGUAUGGGAUUCGAACCACGAAUAUACAUGUCCAAAGACCAAAGAUCAUUUCUGGUCACCACCCGCUCCAACUGUCAACACAUAUUACUCGAUAAAGUGGGAUAGUCACGUCGUCGAUAUUCCCCUUAAAUUAAAAAGAGACUACCGACCAAAUAGGCUCAUUUAUCUCUGUCGCAACCGUCACCCAUUUUAAGAUCGUAAGGCGCAAUCUAGAGUAUUAUAAAUCUAUGGGUUGCCCUAAAGUCAACAUUGUAGGAUCACUGUCUUGGAUUUCAUAUAAACAAAGAACACUGUAUGGCUCUUGGACUACAUGUUUUAUUGCCAUUGAACAUUUUAUAUAUUUCUUCAGUAAUAUGUCAGCUAUGGAAUUCAAAGAUGAAAUUAAGGAAGAGUUUUUUGAAUAUGACCAAAAAGAUAUAGAGAGUCAACUGUCCACAUCCAUAUCCAUAGAUUUGGAACACUUCAAAAAUGAACCAGAAGAUAAUUCGGCAAUGGAAGUAAAACCUGAAAUUAAGAGAGAAUUUGCUGAAAAUGACCAAGGAUAUAAUAUAGAGAAUCAGUUAUGUACAUCCAUAGAACUGGAACACUUCAAAAAUGAACCAGAAGAUAACUCAGAAAUGGAACUAAAAGCUAGAGUGAAGGAAGAGUGUGCUGAAGGUAGUCAAGGAUAUACAGAGAGCCAGCUGUGUACAACCCCAGAAUCUGAAGACUCGAUUAAUAAACCAGAUGAAGAUAAUUCAGGUUUUUCUCAUAACAGAAUGGAAAUCAUGGAAAGUGAACUUGCAUGUACCACUGAACAGCAAACAAGUGCAAACACUGAAGAAACAGCUUUAAAGAAUUCUAUUCGUAAAUGUAAAAUUUGUUUUAAGCAAUUUAACCAUGCAGGUUCUUUGAAAAAACAUAUAAAAACGCACUCUAGAAAAAAGUCUCACAAGUGUGAAAUUUGUUUAAAACAAUUUUUUAAUUCAAAUAAUUUGAAAGCACAUUUGAGAACACAUACUGGAGAAAAGCCUUAUAAGUGUGAUAUUUGCUUUAAACAGUUUAGUCAAACAGCUAAUUUGAAAAAACAUUUGAGAGUGCACACUGGUGAAGUGACUUACAAGUGUGAAAUUUGUUUUAAGCAGUUCGUCUAUAAACAAUCUUUGGAUAAUCAUAUAAAGGUUCACAUUGGAGAAAAGCCUUAUAAGUGUAAAGUUUGUUUUAAGCAGUUUUCUCUAAAAGUGAAUUUGAAAAAACAUUUGAAAAUUCACACUGGAGAAAGAGCUUAUAAAUGUGAAAUUUGUUUCAAGCAGUUUUCUCAGAAAGUUCAUUUGAAAACACAUUUGAGAGUGCACACUGGAGAAAAACCCUACAAAUGUGAAAUUUGUUUUAAGCAGUUUGGUCUAGCACAUGAGUUAAAAAGUCAUUUGAGAGUGCACACUGGGGAAAAACCUUACAAGUGUGAAAUUUGUUUUAAACAGUUUAAGCAAGAAAGCCAUUUGAAAACACAUUUGAGAGUGCACACAGAAGAAAGGACUUACAAGUGUGAAAUUUGUUUUAAACAGUUUAGUCAAAUAGGUAAUUUGAAAAGACAUUUGAGACUGCACACUGGAGAAAAACCCUAUAAGUGUGAAAUUUGUUUUAAACAGUAUGGUCAAGCAGGUGAUUUAAAAAGACAUUUGAGAGUGCACACUGAUGAAAUGCCUUACAAGUGUGAAGUUUGUUUUAAACAGUUUCGUCCAACAGGUAAUUUGAAAACACAUUUGAGAGUGCACACUGGUGAAAUGACUUACAAGUGUGAAAUUUGUUUUAAGCAGUUCGUCUAUAAACAAUCUUUGGAGAAUCAUAUAAAGGUUCACAUUGGAGAAAAGCCUUAUAAGUGUAAAGUUUGUUUUAAGCAGUUUUCUCAGAAAUCUCAUUUGAAAACACAUUUGAAAAUUCACACUGGAGAAAGAGCUUAUAAAUGUGAAAUUUGUUUUAGGCAGUUUUCUCAGAAAGUGCAUUUGAAAAUACAUUUGAGAGUGCACACUGGAGAAAAACCCUACAAGUGUGAAAUUUGUUUUAAACAGUUUGGUCUAGCACAUGAGUUAAAAAGUCAUUUGAGAGUGCACACUGGGGAAAAACCUUACAAGUGUGAAACUUGUUUUAAGCAGUUCAGACAUAAAACUUCUUUGGAUGUACAUAGAAAUAUUCACACCGGAGAAAAGCCUUACAAGUGUGAAAUUUGUUUUAAACAGUUUUCUCAUAGAAGUAAUUUAAAUACACAUUUGAAAUUGCACACUGGAGAAAGGACUUACAAGUGUGAAAUUUGCUUUAAACAGUUUAAGCAACAAAGUCAUUUAAAAAGACAUUUGAGAGUGCACACUGGAGAAAAACCCUAUAAGUGUGAAAUUUGUUUUAAGCAGUAUGGUCAAGCAGGUGAUUUAAAAAGACAUUUGAGAGUGCACACUGGAGAAAAGCCUUAUAAGUGCAAAAUUUGUUUUAAACAGUUUUCUCAAGGAAGUCAUUUGAAAAAACAUUUGAAAGUGCACACUGGAGGAAAGUCUUAAGGCCGGCGAUACUUAUACGCAAUAUAUGCAAUUUAAACAUACAAGUUCUUUGAAACAACAUAUAAAAACACACUCUGGAAAAAAGUUUUACAAGUGUGAAAUUUGUUUUAAACAGUUUAGUGAAUCAACUAGUUUAAAAAAACAUUUGAAAGUGCACACUGGAGAAAAACCGUAUAAAUGUGAAACUUGUUUAAAGCAAUUUACUACAAAAGGUAAUUUGAAAACACAUUUGAGAGUGCACACUGGUAAAAUGACUUACAAGUGUGAAAUUUGCUUUAAGCAGUUCGCAUAUAAACAAUCUUUGGAUAAUCAUAUAAAGGUUCACAUCGGAGAAAAGCCUUGAUAAGUGCGAAGUUUGUUUUAAGCAGUUUUCUCAGAAAGUUCAUUUGAAAACAAAUUUGAAAAUUCACACUGGAGAAAGAGCUUAUAAAUUUGAAAUUUGUUUUAAACAGUUUAAGCAAGAAAGUUAUUUGAAAACACAUUUGAGAAUGCACACUGGAGAAAAACACAAGUGUUAAAUUUGUUUUAAACAAUUUGGUCAAGCGAAUGAGUUAAAACAACAUUUGAGAGCGCACACUGGGGAAAAACCUUACGAGUGCGAAAUUUGUUUUAAACAGUUUAGUCACACAGGUAAUUUGAAAAAACAUUUAAAAAUUCACACUGCAGAACAGUCUUACCAGUAAGAAAUUUGUUUUAAGCAGUUCAGACAUAAAACUUCUUUGGAUGCACAUAGAAAAAUUCACACCGGAGAAAAGCCUUAGAAGUGUGAAAUUUGUUUUAGACAGUUUUCUCAUAAAAGUAAUUUAAAUACACAU